AUGUAUGCCCAGUAUUUCUUAAUAAGUCGUUUUAUUGGUGGAUCUUCAGAUGAAAUUGUUCCUAACGCCUGGUAUAGGUAUGGCUUUGUUAUUUUGACAUGCUUAGGAAUUGGAUUUGUUGUAGACAAUUACUUUGACUCUGAAGCAAUAUUAUACAGUGUCUAUGGGUUUGCUUAUUUCUUUCAGUUCAGUGGUUUCUGUAGUUUCACUGCUAACAUUAUUCAAGUUUGUUUCUACAAGUAUAUUCCCAGUAUGCUGACUAAAAUGAGUGUUGGUAUCUUCCUUGCUUUCAUUGCUACAGUUUCUAAAGUGAUCAUAUUUGUCAUUGAGGGGUCUCAUCCUGACAUAAACAACUUUGGAUAUGAAUCUCUAAGGGACAAAAUAAUUGACACUAUCACACUAAUCAAAAUAAAUCCUCAUGAGCAAAAAGAACUGUGUCAAGCCAUUGAUGACUACUAUGAGGAAAAUGAGAAUCCUUUUUUGUAUGAUGCUUCACAAAGCAUUCCUUAUUUUGAUUGGGUCAUUCAGGAGGCACUGCGUAUAUAUCCACCAGCACCAAUUACCACUCGUUUGUGUAACGAGACAUGUACAAUGAAUGGCGUCACAAUCCCUGAAGGAUGUAGAACUAUUAUUCCAAUACUAAAGAUGCAUAUGUCACCAGAGUAUUGGGACCAGCCUGAAGUUUUCAAUCCAAAACGGUUUAGCCCAGAAGGCAAGGAGGGUAAGAAUCCUCAGGCUUACAUUCCUUUUGGUUCAGGACCAAGGAGUUGUAUUGAAAUGAGGUUUGCACUAAUGGAGGCUAAGGCUUGCUUAGUGAGUAUAUUGAGGAAGUAUAGGUUUGAAAGAUCACCUGAUACUCAGGUACCAUUGAAAAUGGUAGUUGCAGUUUUGCAAUAUCCAAAGGAUGGCAUUUUUAUUAAAAUUGCAAAAGUUUGAAGAUGACUGAUGCAAUCUUCCAUGCAGUUGAUGACUUUUUUC